CAAAUGCACCCAUGUACUACAGGUUAAUUCCCAUAGGCAGCCAAAGUCGAACCACUUUCCUCUUCUCUCAAGUUUUGCCGGGAGGGUCAAUCGUCGACCCCUCUGGGGACACCCAACAUUUUCAAUCAGGAAACCGCUUUCUGGAUCGUCGAGGAACCGGUUAUCAGUCGCCGGAAAGCCACCUCCGGCGAAGGCCAUGGCGGGAACAGUUGUGGUUUUUGACUUUGAUCGGACAAUACUCGACGGCGACAGCGAUAAUUGGGUGGUCACAGAGAUGGGUCUGGCCCAGCUGUUCAGCGAGCUUCGCUCCACCAUGCCUUGGAACUCUCUAAUGGAUAGGAUGAUGAUGGAGCUUCAUUCCCAAGGAAAAACACCUUCGGACAUUGCCAGGUGCCUGCAAAGUGCCCCAAUUCAUCCCAGUAUUAUUGCAGCCAUUAAAUCAGCACAUUCCCUUGGAUGUGAUCUUCGGAUCAUCAGCGAUGCAAACAAGUUUUUUAUCGAGAAAAUAUUGGAACGUCAUGAUGUGUCGGGAUGCUUUUCGCAUAUCACCACGAACCCGACCUUUGUAGAUGAGGAUAGAAGGCUUAGAAUUGUGCCUUAUCAUGAUUUAAGCUCGCCUCAUGGUUGCAAUCUGUGCCCUCCAAAUAUGUGCAAGGGUCUUGUGAUCGACCAAAUACGGGCUUCUGAUUCUGAAAAUGGGAGGAGAAGAUUUAUCUACCUUGGAGAUGGGGGUGGUGACUUCUGCCCGACGCUGAGGCUUGCCGAGGGAGACCAUGUCAUGCCAAGGAAGAACUAUCCUCUGUGGAAGCGCAUUUGCAGCAACCAAACGCCAAUCAAUGCUGAAAUCCAUGAAUGGAGCAACGGGGAAGAGCUUGAGAAGAUCCUUCUUCACCUCAUCAACACGACUGCUGAAGAAAUCAGUUUCAGCAACUCACCUCAAAGUUAAUGGGAACAAUUCAGGACAUUUCGAGGCUUCGGGAAAUCAUUUCUUGAUGAGUUUGCCUUUGCCCUUUAUCUUGUGAUCUGACUAUCAACUAAUUUACCUUCAAAUUUAAGACAUUAUAUUUAAAGGGAUGUUUGUUUAUUGUAUUCGUCUCUGAUUCUGAAUCAUGAUUCAUGGUUUUUUACGGUGUUUUUCUUUCACAAAACACACGUAAAACGAGAAUAGUUCUGAAUCAUGAUUCUGAAUCCAUGAAUCAAACGUCUACUAAGAUGUCUCAGCCAACAUGAUUCCUAACCAGGAUUAUAAUAGAUUGUUUGGACAUGAAA